AUGCCUCCAUUCGAAAAGCCAAAGGGACCCUUCAAUUCAAGCCAGCUUCGCGCUUGGUCAGACAACGUCGAACCGCAGAUGCGCGACCUGCUUUGGGGAGAUUAUUGGCAGCGAUUCAACACUAUACAAAUUCCAAUAUUCGGGCCAGAUGUUUACUUCGAAAACGCACUGCAUAUAGCGAAACUCGCGAAAGGCCAGAAAGAAGGAUUUGAGCGCAGGUUUGAAGCAGAGAAUAAAAGGCGACAGGAACUGGCAUCCAAAAUGUUUACGGCUGCAAUGCGGGCCAUAGACGAGGAUGAGACUUAUUUAUGUAAAAAUGCUCGUGAUAGAGUAUCCGAGCUAUGCCAGACCGGCUGCUAUCUAGAUUUUCUACGGCUCUUAAUUGGCAUUUCCCAUGGCUGGGACGAGGAUGCAGCACAAGAUUCGCAAUUGGACGACGACACUGGCAAUCUCAGCGAGGAGACGCAGGACUCCACUGAUCAAAUACAAGACUCUGACGAUGAAGAGACACGUGAUGAGGCCCUAUGGUUUGGCGACGAUUACUUUGGGGCUCCUAUGGAUCGUCGAACGAGGGAAGAGCUGUUGGUGAGAAUUUUAAGUCAUUGUAUGGGCGUAUCUGCUCACGACCCAUGCACGUCGCCUUCCCAUGAUACUGUCGGUCCUGAAAGUGAUGUGUCUGUCUCGGAAAGGGAAAACGAAGAAGAGGAGGUACCGCAUAGACAAGGAAAGAGAAAGAGGGAUCUAUCCGACGAUGAUGUCCCCACUGCUCGUAGCCUUCGUCGAAAGCUGAUGAGCGGCAUAAUACCCGAUCAAAAAGACUUCCCAUUAACCCCUCAAGGAGAUAUAGAUUGGGAAGCGAUUGACGAUGAACUUUUAUUCCCUAGUUCAUCGGAUGAAUAUGACUUUAGUGAAUAUGACUAUGAUGAAGAUGAUGGCGAUGACGAUGAAGAAGAUGAUGGUGAUGACGAAGGCGAUGAAGAAGAAGAUCAUGAUGAUGGAGAUCAAGAUAGUGGUGAAGAUGGCGAUGAUGAGGGGAACGUUCCUAUCAAAAUCUCAUUUUUUCUUUAG